AUGAUGUUCCAGCCGUCGGCCGUGUGUAAGACGGUGGUGCCCGAUACGUUCCGUGUGCUUCGCUCGCAACGUCGUCGAUGGAUCAACUCGACGGUACACAACCUGUUUGAACUGAUCCAGGUGCGUGACCUUUGCGGUACAUUCUGUUUCUCAAUGCGAUUCGUCGUAUUCAUGGAUCUGGUCGGUACAAUGGUGCUGCCGGCUGCUAUUGCUUUCACCGUAUUCGUUGUUGUGCAAGCCAUUUUGACGCCCUUCCAGAAUAAAGGCAAGGAUGAUGGAGAAAAGAAAGAAUUUCCCACAAUGCCACUGGUUUUGCUUGCUCUGAUCUUAGGUCUGCCAGGUGUCUUGAUCGUCAUCACCAGUCGACGCUUCAUGUAUGUAAUCUGGAUGCUUGUCUACCUGAUUUCUUUGCCUAUCUGGAACUUGAUCCUUCCCGCGUAUUCGUACUGGCACAUGGACGACUUCUCUUGGGGUGCCACACGUAUGGUACAGGGUGAAAAGAAGGGCGAGAGUCACGGCUCAGCAGAGGGUGAGUUUGACGCGAGUGAUAUUGUGAUGAAGCGCUACGUCGAAUACGAGCGUGAACGUCGCUGGCGCUCAGGUAUGGAAUCGCGCGAUGCGCCGAGUGAGUCGGGUGGAAUGAGCACACUUGGCUCGUUGAAUGAAGAGAAAGCAUUGCCGCCACCCGGUGCGGACGAGCGCAGUGCGCGUCAUCGUCUCGAUUCUGUGCCGCUUCUGGAGCUGCCUGCGCCUCUGGGGUCAGAUUCUCGUCAACGUGCUGGCACCAUGUCGCCACCUGUGCCUGGCGGGAAGGGUCCUAACGGUGCUCGGUCGUCGCCUGCGGGCACCACCUCGCCACCAAACCCUUGGACAAGCAGUGGCGCUCUGACGCAAACGGGGCCUGCCCCGCUCACGGCCCAGCGCGUGAACCCGAGUCCAAAUCCUAGUGCGUCGGCAAUGGCUCGGCAGCACUUGUUUGGUGCGACACCCACGAGUGCGGCUCAUGCGUCGAUGCCCGUACGGCCACCAGGCACCAUCUCGCCGCCGCCACGGCCGAGCAACAUAGGAGCAUCAGGCCCAGUAUCACCGCCUUCAUUCCGCGGCAAUGUGUCGCCACCGCCGAUGUUCCCAGCGGGUCCGUUGUCGCCUGUGAAUACCAGGCCAACGCCUCCUGUUCGUCCAGUCGCACCAAGUCCAAGCGGAUGGAAUGCUGCGUCGCAGCCUGCUCGGCCCGCGAACACACAAGCGUACCCGUCGCCACCAUCAUCGGGGACGCAGCCUGGCUCAGCACCGACUCUAGCAGGGUUCCAGCCGUUAUCGCCGCCAUCCGCUUCACGACCGCCGCCGCUUCGCGCACCAUCAAAUGCGCAGCAAAUGCGUGGCGAUGUGCGACGUGUGAGCCUUGUCGAUGACGGGCCUGUGGCAACAUCAGGUGGAAGCAUGCGUCAAGUGGUCCGCGGUGCCCGCCGUCAGAGCUCUAUCAACAGUGGAGCGCCAAACAGUGCCUCGACCGCGUCACCACCGAGUAACUCGAAUCCGUUCUCGAGACCCGCGAAUCCAUUCAGCCCGCCACCGAAAUAA